AAGGUCCUCCUUCUCUCCUCUCAAAACCCUACUUAGGUUUUUUCUAGGGUUUCGCUCCCCCCUUGCAAAACCCACUCCAUCCCUACCUCGGAUCCGGCCUAAAGAGGCGGGGGAAUGGCGUGGGAGAACGACACCGUGGGUCCGGACGUGGCCAUCGCCGGCGUGCACAUCAGCGAGCGCAUCGGAAAGGAUGUUGCCGGCCAGCUCGACCUUGAGGAGGCCCUUGAGGCGUCCCGUUAUGCUAGCCAUCCGUUCUCCUCUCACCCCAAGGAGUGGCCUCCUUUAUUUGAAGUUGUUGAAAAUCGGGAAUUGCCUCCUGUUCUAAUUGAAAGGUUUAAUGCAGCUGGUGGUGAAGGAACAGCAUUAUGCGGGAUAUUUCCAGAAAUACGACGAGCAUGGGCAUCUGUUGACAAUGCAUUAUUUUUGUGGCGCUUUGAUAAGUGGGAUGGCCAGUGCCCCGAAUACAAUGGCGAGGAGCAAGCAAUAUGUGCUGUUGGCCUUGUUAGGUCAAAGCCUGGAAUUUUUGUAGAGGCUAUCCAAUAUCUUAUAGUGCUGGCAACUCCUGUUGAGUUGGUUCUUGUUGGAGUCUGCUGCACUGCAAGAGGAGAUGGAACAGAUCCAUAUGACGAGCUUUCUUUACAACCUUUGCCUGAGUACACAAUACCAUCUGAUGGAGUCACAAUGACUUCCAUUGCAUGUACAGAUAGAGGUCAAAUAUUUCUUGCUGGACGUGAUGGCCACAUUUAUGAAAUGCAAUACACCACUGGCUCUGGUUGGCAUAAACGCUGCCGUAAAGUUUGUUUGACUGCAGGCUUGGGCAGUCUUAUUUCAAGGUGGGUCUUACCUAAUGCCUUCAAGUUUGGAGCUGUUGAUCCUAUAGUGGAUAUGGUUAUAGAUAAUGAAAGACAUAUUUUAUAUGCCCGAACAGAAGAUAUGAAACUGCAGGCCUUUGAUUUGGGAGUUGAUGGUGAUGGACCAUUCAAGAAAAUUGCUGAAGAGAAAAAUUUGAUUGAUCCUCGGGAAACACAAUAUGGUGGCAGAAGAUCUGCUGCAUCUAGAGCAUUGGCUAGGGCAGCAAAACCAUCUAUAGUAUAUAUUGCUCCUUUAUCGACUAUGGAAUCCAAAUGGCUACAUGUGGUUACUGUCUUGUCAGAUGGCAGAAGAUUAUACCUUUCCACUUCAUCAUCAAGUGGAAGUAACCGGUCUGUUGGUGGCUUAACAGGCCUGGACAACAACUACCAGAGGCCAUGCUGUUUAAAAGUUGUAGCAACCAGGCCUUCUCCCCCUUUAGGGGUCGGUGGUGGUCUAACUUUUGGUGCUAUGUCUGUAGCUAGUAGAAGUCAGCCUGAGGAUCUCGCUUUGAAGGUGGAAACGGCUUUUUACUCUUUAGGAAGCCUUGUGCUUUCAGAUUCUUCUUCCCCAGCAGUGUCUUCCCUUCUAAUUGUGGGCAAGGAUUCAAGCAUGCAAUCAUCUGCAGUUAGCAAUUUUGGAGUGUCACUACGUGAACUAGUAUCAUCUUUGCCUGUUGAUGGCAGGAUGCUUGUUGUUGCUGAUGUUUUACCCACACCUGAUAUUGCAAUUACAGUGCAGUCACUAUAUGCAGAUGUAGAAGUUUAUGGCUUUGCUGCUUUAAGAGAAUCCUGUGAAAAGGCAUCUGCGAAGCUUUGGGCUAGAGGUGAUCUGCAAACUCAACAUAUAUUACCAAGGAGAAGGAUAGUUGUGUUUACUACAAUGGGCAUAAUGGAGGUAGUUUCCAAUAGACCAGUGGACACUCUAAGAAGAUUGUUUGAAUCCAAUGCCCCAAGAUCACAUAUAGAGGACUUCUUCAACCGUUUUGGUGCUGGAGAGGCUGCAGCGAUGUGCCUACUGUUGGCAGCAAAGUUAGCAUAUUCUGAAGAAAAUCUGGUAAGCAAUGCAGUUGCUGAAAAGGCAGCAGAAGUGUUUGAGGAUCCUAGGAUGGUUGGAAUGCCUCAACUUGAUGGUGCUGCUGCUUUACCAAACACCAGGUCUCCACCUGGUGGCUUCAGUAUGGGACAGGUUGUUCAAGAGGCUGAACCUGUAUUUUCAGGUGCCCAUGAAGGACUCUGUUUAUGCUCAUCCAGGCUUCUGCUGCCUAUUUGGGAACUGCCUGUUAUGAUUGUCCGACGGGAAAUGGUCUCUGAUACUCGAGAUGAUGAAGGUGUGGUGGUUUGCAGACUCUCUACUGGAGCCAUGCAAGUUCUUGAAAAUAAGAUCCGCUCUCUAGAGCAAUUUUUAAGAUCUAGAAGGAACCAGAGUAGGGGACUCUAUGGUUAUGUUGCUGGUCUAGGUGAUUUUAGUGGUUCCAUUCUUUAUGGGACCAGUUCUGAUUUAGGGACUGGGGGUAUGGGUUCUGGCAGGAACUUAUUUGGGCCAUACUCACGAACUGUUGAUUCAGGAGAUGGUAUGACGGCAAACAAAAGAUCACGGCUUCCAUAUAACCCUGCAGAGCUGGCUGCCAUGGAGGUAAGGGCAAUGGAAUGUCUGAGGAGGUUGCUUAGGAGAUCUAGUGAAGCACUUUUCUUGCUUCAGCUGAUCUCACAACAUCAUGUAACUCGCUUAGUUCAGGGUUUAGACAGUACUUUACGUCAAAGGCUCCUCCAAUUAACAUUCCAUCAGUUAGUAUGUUCUGAGGAAGGUGACCAACUGGCCAUGCAACUUAUUUCAAGCCUUAUGCAGUACCACAUUGGUCAAGAUGGCCGUGGGACAGUAGAUGAGAUCAGUGUGAAACUUCGAGACGGUUGUCCAAGUUUUUACAAUGAGUCUGACUAUAAAUAUUUCUUAGCAGUAGAAUGCCUUGAAAGAGCUGUUGCUACUAAAGAUGCUGGAGAAAGGGAAAUACUUGCUAGAGAUGCUUAUAAUUUUUUAAGCAAGAUUCCUGACUCAGCUGACUUGAGUUCUGUAUGCAAAAGAUUUGCAGACUUAAGAUUUUAUGAAGCUGUUGUACGGUUGCCUCUGCGAAAAGCACAAGCUCUUGAUCCUAAUGGGGAUGCUGUAAAUGAUAAAAUCGACCCAGUCAAGCGUAAUGAUGCACUUGCCCAGCGAGAGCAGUGCUACGAGAUAGUUGUGGAUGCCCUUCGGUCUCUGAAAGGUGAAGUUGCUCAAAAGGGAAUGCAGGAGUUUGGUGCUUCUGCUAAAUUUUCUGGUUCAGGAUCUGUCCUUGACCAGACCUCUAGAAAUAAAUUCAUUAGGCAAAUUAUCCAGCUAGGUGUUCAAUGGCCAGACACACUCUUUCAUGAGCAUAUGUACCGGGCGUUGAUUGAAUUGGGCCUUGACCAGGAGCUGUUAGAGUAUGGUGGUUCUGAUUUGGUCUCGUUCUUGCAAAGUGCAGGCAGAAGGACCCCACAAGAGAUUCGGGCUGCUACUGUUACUAGUUCCAUGGGUUCUCCACUACAUGCUCCUGAGGCACCUAUUCCUCCUAGUCAAACCAAGUAUCUUGAUCUUCUGGCUAGGUAUUAUGUCUUGAAACGACAACAUCUUCUUGCUGCUAAUGUGCUAUACAGGUUGGCAGAAAGGCAAUGUUCAGAUGCUGGGGAGGGUCCUACACUAGAGCAGAGGCGACAGUACCUCAGCAAUGCAGUUCUGCAAGCUAAAAGUGCAAGCACUACUGCUGGAACAACCACAACUAGACAAAAUAUUGACGAUGGGCUGCUAGACAUGCUCGAAGGAAAACUUACUGUCCUUAAGUUCCAAAUGAAAAUCAAAGAGGAGCUGGACUCAAUUGCAUCAAGUCUUGAUGAUGUGCAAAACAUCACUGAAUCACUUCAAAACAAUUCCUUUCCGCAUAGCAACCUCAUGGCUGAUGCCAGUUUUGCUAUAGCUGCUAGGGAAAAGGCUAAAGAGUUAUCGUUAGAGUUAAAAAGCAUCACUCAGCUAUACAACGAAUAUGCCGUACCUUUUAGACUAUGGGAGAUAUGCCUUGAAAUGCUCAACUUCGCCAACUACUCUGGAGAUGCUGACAGUAAAAUUGUUAGGGAAACCUGGGCUCGACUUCUGGACCAGGCUCUUUCCAAAGGUGGUGUCGCUGAAGCUUGUUCUGUGCUUAAGAGGGUUGGAUCUAAUCUUUACCCUGGAGAUGGGGCUUGCUUGCCUUUAGAUACAUUGUGCCUUCAUCUUGAGAAGGCCGCUCUGGAGCACUUGAGCUCUGGAGUUGAACUUGUGGGAGAUGAGGAUGUUGCAAGAGCUCUUCUUGCAUCAUGUAGGGGUGCCCCUGAACCUGUCUUAAGCAUCUACGACCAACUGUUAUCAAAUGGAGUUAUUUUGCCUUCACCAAUCUUGAGAUUGCGUCUACUUCGAUCAGUUCUUGUGGUGCUUCGUGAGUGGGCUAUGUCUAUCUUUGCAAAUAGAAUGGACACAACAACAGCAGGGGCUUCAUUCAUUUUUGGUGGGAGAUUGAGCUUGGAACAGACGACAAUGGUAAAUCAAGGAGUUCGGGAUAAAAUCACAAGCGCAUUAAACAGGUAUAUGACCGAGGUGCGACGAUUGGCUCUUCCGCAAAGCCAGACCGAGCCUGUUUACCGAGGUUUCCGAGACCUCGAGGAAAAGCUACUUGCUCCGUCUUCUUUGCCAACAUUUUAGACUUCAUUUUCAUCCUACUCCGAAAAAACACAAAAAAA